AUGGAGCAAUCUGUCGCCGACGAGAGGCCAGCUAAGCGACUCAAGACCUCAGAGCUGUUGGCCACCGAUGAAGCUGCUCAGAAUGGGACAUCCCCAAUUGAGCACGGCGCAAAUUCUUCGCCAGAAGAGAAGACUAUCAACACGCGAGAAGCGGUAGAGCGGAAGGAGCAACUAGUGGGCAUCACUGCAUUCAUCAAUCCCCAACAGCAAGCGUUGGCUGGCAUCUACAAGAAGCGCUACACAGAUUUCCUGGUUAACGAGAUUCUUCCGAAUGGCCAAGUAUUGCACCUCAAAAGCACCACUGUUACGAAGAAGAUUGCGGAUUCGGCCAAACAGCAGACUGGUCAAGGACCAAACACGCAAGAAGCCCGGCAGAAUGGUGAUUCCGCCCAAAUCUCCGACGCUCAAGGAGAAGAGAAGUCCAACGUGAAGCAAGAACAGAGCUCAGAGAUAUCCGAGGAAGACCGGGCGAAGCUUGUAGAAUACCUUGGUGAGACUGCCGUUGCCGAAAUCCUCGCUCUCUUCGCCGCCAUUACCACCCAUCCGAAGAAGCGGGCUCGCGAUCAUCCAUUCGUCAAGACAUCCUUCACGUCUGAUCGAACUGUCCGCACCGAAAUCCAUCAAGCAAUCCGUCGGAUCUUCCAUUCUCGCAUCGAUUCAUCAACCAACAACGAAGGCAUUCUCGUUCUGUCCGCUGCCAACCCCAAUUUUCGAAACAAUCACCAAUCUCGCGUUGGCAAACUCUCAUGGAUCGAACGCGGUGGUGAACAUUGCCACUUUACGCUCUACAAAGAGAUGAAGGACACAAUGGAGAGCAUUUCGUUCCUAGCUUACCUCAUGAAGAAGAACGCCAGGGAUUUCCAGAUCGCCGGCACAAAGGAUCGGCGAGCGGCCACAGUGCAACGCGUAAGCGUAUGGCGGGUGGAGGCUGAGCGAGUGGCCGCCCUCAAUCGUAACCAAACGAUGCGUAAUGCUACCCUUGGUGACUUCGAGUAUCGUACAUCUGGGCUUCAGCUUGGCGACUUGUCCGGCAACGAGUUUGUGGUGACGCUGCGUGAUUGUCGCUUUAUUGAUGGAAGCAACGAUACUGAAGCCAUCCGGUCGUCACUGCAGGCAUCACUAGCCAACGCACGCACCGACGGCUUCCUCAACUACUACGGGCUUCAACGAUUCGGAACCUUCGCUGUGCGUUCUGAUGUGAUUGGCUUGCAGCUACUUAAGGGCGACUUCGAAGGAGCUUGCAAUUCCAUACUUGAUUAUCCCACAUCCGCACUCAAUGAAGAUGAUUCGACCGUUGGUCGUGAUGACCGGGAUCGAGCACGGGCCAUUAAGAUAUUUAAGGAAACCAAUAGCAUCAGAGACUCUUUGGCGGUGAUGCCAAAGCGGCUGAGCGCUGAGACAGCUGUGAUCAGGGCAUUGGGCCGGAAAGGAAAUGACUUUCUGGGCGCACUGAUGACCUUGCAGCGGAAUAUGCGGCAGAUGUACGUACACGCGUACCAGAGUUUGGUGUGGAAUACGGCGGCCACGAACAGAUGGCGGCUAUGGGGCAACAGGGUCAUUGAAGGCGAUCUCGUGCUCGUGAAGGAACACAACGACAAGGAUGCUGAUGGAGCCGCUGCAGACGAAGGCGUUGACGCCGACGGAGAGGUUGUGAUUCAUGCGGAAGGAGAGGACCGAGCAAAGGGCGAAGAGAGCUUCGACCGGGCAAGGGCUCUGACACAAACAGAAGCCGAGUCUGGAAAGUACAGCAUUUUUGAUCUCGUGCUGCCACUUCCGGGUUUCGACGUCAUUUACCCUCAGAAUGAAAGCGGAGGGGACUAUUACAAGGAAAUCAUGGGCAAGGACGGCCUUGAUCCCUUCGAUAUGCGCCGCGGCCAGAAGGAUUUCAGCCUCAGCGGUAGCUAUCGCAAGAUCGUUGCUCGCAUUGGCGCAGAUUUUGAUGUUCAAGCGCACCGCUACACCCAGGAUGAUGAGCAAUUCGUCUUGACGGACCGAGAGGCGCUGAUGGGAAAGCGUACUGACGAGAAGAGACCGGAGGUGGAGGAUGGGGUGCCGGCAGCUGAGGAACAGAAGACAGCAGCUGUAUUGAAAUUCCAGCUCGGCACAAGCCAAUAUGCGACAAUGGUGUUGAGAGAAUUGUCCAGUGGUGGUUUGGAGGAGUACAAGCCAGGCUUCUCCGGCGGAAGAUAG